GGUUGCCCUUUUUUUUUCUUGCAACAACCAUGUCCGAUUAUUCCGACGACGAUUUUCAGCCCCUCGAACCUACUUUGAAGAAUGUCUUGGAUCAGACUUCCUUGCAUUGGAUCUUUGUUGGUGGCAAGGGAGGUGUAGGUAAAACAACCACUUCCUGCAGUUUGGCCGUCCAAUUGUCCAAAGUCCGUGAAUCCGUUCUACUCAUCUCCACGGAUCCCGCCCACAACUUGUCCGACGCAUUUGGACAAAAAUUCACCAAAGAAGCCACACUUGUCAAUGGUUUUGACAAUUUGUAUGCCAUGGAAAUUGAUCCCACUUCCAGCAUUCAGGAGAUGAUUGAACAAUCUGAUCAAGGAAAUGCCAUGGGUGGUAUGAUGCAAGACUUGGCUUAUGCUAUUCCUGGUGUGGAUGAAGCCAUGGGUUUUGCCGAAGUCAUGAAGCAAGUGAAGACCAUGUCCUACUCCGUAGUCGUUUUUGAUACUGCACCUACCGGACACACUUUACGUUUCCUUUCUUUCCCCACCGUCCUCGAAAAAGCUUUAGCCAAGAUCAGUGGAUUAAGUGGUCGUUUUGGCCCCAUGUUCCAACAGAUGUCUGGUAUGAUGGGCCUGAAUGAAAAUCAAGAAGACAUGUUUGGCAAACUAGAAGAGAUGCGAUCUGUCAUCACUGAAGUGAACAAUCAAUUCAAGGAUCCUAAUAUUACGACUUUUAUUUGCGUAUGCAUUUCGGAAUUCUUGUCACUUUAUGAAACGGAGCGCAUGAUUCAGGAACUCACUUCGUACCACAUCGAUACCCACAAUAUUGUCGUGAAUCAGCUUCUAUUUCCUAAAGAUGGUUCCAAUUGCGAACACUGUAAUGUCAGACACAAGAUGCAGCAGAAAUAUCUAGAACAAAUUUACGAUCUCUAUGAGGAUUUCCAUAUUAAUCCCGAUGCGGGUGAAAAGUUCAAGGAAAUCUCGCACGCUUACGAGAUAUUAUCCGAUGCUCAGAAACGGCAAAUGUACGAUCAGUUUGGUGAAGAUGGAUUAAACGGGCAAGCCGGUAUGGCUGGAGGAAUGGAUGCCGAGGAUCUGUUUUCCCAACUUUUUGGUGGAGGAUUAUUUGGCGGUAGCGGUCGUUCACGUCCUUCGGGUCCUCCUCGCGGCAAAGAUAUGAUGCAUCGUUUAAGAGUGUCUCUGGAAGAUCUGUAUCGAGGAAAAACAUCCAAGCUGGCUUUGCAAAAACAUGUGAUCUGCAGUGGAUGUCGAGGUCUCGGUGGAAAAGAAGACUCAGUACAGACUUGCCGUGGAUGUCGAGGUCAAGGUGUCCGUAUCAUCACUCGUCAGUUUGGUCCGAUGGUACAGCAGAUUCAGCAGUCAUGUCCUGACUGCCGAGGUGAAGGUCAGGUGUUCAACGACAGAGACCGAUGUCGUCAAUGUUUGGGUCAAAAGGUCGUUGUCGAAAAAAAGAUUCUUGAAGUUCACAUUGACAAAGGAAUGAAAGAUAACCAAAAGAUCACUUUUACACGCGAAGGUGAUCAAGCUCCCGGCAUCAUUCCUGGCGAUAUUAUCAUUAUGCUCGAAGAAAAACCACAUGAACUAUUCCAACGCAGAGGAGACGAUCUUAUCUAUGAAGCUACCAUUGAUUUAGCCACGGCGUUAGCCGGUGGCCAAUUUGCUAUACCUCAUUUGGACGACCGUGUAUUGCAUGUGACUGUAUUCCCUGGAGAAGUAGUUAAACCGGGUACGAUCAAAGUGAUUCCUGGUGAAGGCAUGCCAGCAUAUCGUCAUCAUAACCACGGCAGUCUUUUCGUCAAGUUCAACGUCCUUUUCCCCGAUCCUCACUGGACUACCCCUGAUCAACUCGCCAAAAUAGCAGCUAUUUUGCCCCCUCGUCCGCCAUUGCCAACUUUUAGCGACAGACACGCCGAAGACGUUGUCAUGAGUGAACUCGAUAGCUAUCAAACUUCCAAAAUGUAUUCAUCACAAGCACCUGACGAAGACGAUGAAACCCAGCCGCGUUCAGGUGUUCAAUGUGCACAGCAGUAGAAAAAAAAACAUUAUUCGCGAUAUCACACCAUCCUCCAUAUCCAUUCAUUGUUUCAUCAUGUAAUAUCUCAACAUCAGAACCCCAUUCAUAUUUGUAACUGCAAUAAAUCGAGUUUGAGUCCUGGGA